CACGCUGUCACGUUCUCCUAAUCUCUUCCGGGUGAAUAGGAUGUUGUGAUUUAGCUGUAGGCUAACGAGCUCACAACAGAGUUUUACAAAAUUCCUGGUUAUGUUCGUUGCUUAAAACUACAAAUGUCUGCGUCUUCUGAACCAGGAAUAUCAAAAGUAAGGGAUUUGAAUCCAGCGACGCUCUCGGCGAGUAAAGCACAGGCAGCGGCGGCGUUAGUUGCUCAAGCCCGGAGCAAGAAGCGAGCCGUCAGUCCCGCAAUCCACACAAUACCGCAGCCAAAUAAUAACAUCAGCAAAAAGAAAAAAACACAACCUCCAUCGUCAACUACUCAAACUCAGGUUGCUCCAGUGGAGGGGACUUCUGAAGGAAAACUAGCAGCAGCUGUUGAUAUAGAGAAUGCUACAAAGUGUCUGCCUUUUAAAAACCCUAACUUUGUGCACUCAGGUAUUGGUGGAGCAGCAGCAGGGAAGAAGAAUAGGACGUGGAAGAAUCUGAAGCAGAUUUUAGCAGUAGAGAAAGCGCUGCCCUGGAAAAUAUCUGAUCCUAACUACUGCAGCAUAGAUGCACCUCCUUCUAUGAAACCUGCUAAAAAGUACUCGGACAUCUCAGGUCUACCAGCAAACUACACUGACCCUCAGACUAAACUGCGCUUCGCAUCAACAGAGGAGUUUUCCUACAUCCGUCAGUUGCCCACAGACGUGGUGACCGGAUACCUGACUCUCCGUAAAGCCACCUGCAUUGUUCCAUGAGAGAGAACCCCAAAAUAAAGAGGGUUGACUCUCUUUUCCAGCCAUAGACUUUCAGUGGAUUAUUUAGAAUGAACUACUUUUAUUAUUAUUUUUCUUACACUGUUUUU